GUACUUUGAAUACACUGGAUGCAACCAAUCAAAACCCAGUACCGCAAAACAAACCGGCUUUUGAUUGGUCUACUGGCUCAUUUGUUUUCCUAGCACCCCAUACACGGCUACGCAGCAGCGUACUGGGCAUGCGCAAAACCACCGUAACACACAAGAACACGUGCAGGCAAAGCGGAAUGUUGUUUCUGUCUGCUUUCAGCAAACACGCCGUUGCUACGGUUGCUCAAGACAUAGUAAAUCACGUGACCAUUACAAAUAGUCAACCCAGAGGGAACGUUUACGUUGUGUUAUUACACUACAAACAGAGUAACGUUAGUUUGAUUUACUGGAAUGAAUGACGUUUGUACGCUACGAACUUAAGAUGUGUCGUAUAUCGUACAGGUGCGAAGAUGAAACCAACAUGAUCAGCGCCGAUGGCCCCUCUAUCAAGCGCGAGGAGCCCCGGCACACCGGGAAACCGAAAAGGCUAUCGCCAGAAAUGCUGCACCUUACGUUCGCUGUCUCCGUGUGGUUGGUGACGGGCACCACCAUAUCCAGCCUAAACAAAUGGAUAUUCGCCGUGUACAACUUCAGGUACCCACUUCUCCUGUCGGCUCUACACAUGCUGACGGCGAUAGUGGUGGACUACGGACUGAUCAAAUGCAGGUUGGUCCAGCUCAGAGGGAUCGGUGAGCAGGAUUUGACCACCAAUGCCAAAUGCAAAGUAUUCCUGUUGAGUUUGACGUUCUGUGCCAGUAUCGCGUUUGGGAACGUGGGACUGAAUUAUGUUCAGCUUUCGUUCGCGCAGAUGAUCUACACCACCACGCCGCUCUUCACGCUGGCCAUAUCCACGCUGAUUUUGGGAAAGCAGCACCAUAUUUUGAAGUACACCGCGAUGAUGCCCAUCUGCCUCGGCGCGUUGUUCAGUAUUAUGGGCGAGGUCCAGUUUGACCAGAUGGGCUGCUUUUUUGUGUUCGCCGCCACUAUGUUGCGAGGUGUCAAAACUGUUCAACAAGGCAUCUUACUCCAAGAGGAGAAGAUCAACUCUAUCUUCCUACUGUAUUUGAUGUCCAUCCCAAGUUUCUGCAUCCUAGCCAUAGCGGCUCUGGCUUUGGAAAACUGGGCCGCGCUGAAGUCCCCUUUCCAAUACGACCAUCACCUCUGGGGAUUCAUUUUACUCAGCUGCCUGGGCUCAGUGCUGUACAACCUGGCCAGCUGCUGUGUCAUUACCCUGACCUCCGCUGUCACACUACACAUCCUGGGCAACUUGAAUGUGGUGGGCAACCUUCUGCUGUCUCAGCUGCUGUUCGGUAGUGAGCUGACGGCUCUCAGCUGCGCUGGAGCCGCCCUCACCCUCUCUGGCAUGGUCAUCUACCAGAACUCCGAGUUUAUCGUCGCUUAUUUCGAUGCACGUAGAGCGAGGACGCGAACCGCAAACGGUGAAGGAGAAGAGGAAGUAGGAUGUGCCAGGGAAACCGAUUCAAAGCUAACUCCAGAACCUACUUCCGAAACACUUCAGGAACUUGAUGAGAGGACAGAUAACCAGAUUCAUGAGAAAACAGACUGAAGGCAUUCAACACAAUAUAUGAGAUCUGGUGUAAGCUGAGAAUGUAUGGCCUACAUAAGCAGCAUGGUAACAAGUUUUUUUUCAAAAUGACAUUAAAUUAGAUAUAUUUUAUUAUCAUUUAUUUAUUUAUUUUGAAUGAGUUAUAUUCAUUGUUCUUGCUUUGUGUGGUUUAUCUGUACAGAAAACUCAUCGCGAUGCAUUAUGCAUUCUUCCCUGCAAAGGAUGCAUGCAAUGUUGCCUAAUGCUGCGUUUACACCAACCGCGUUUCAGGCGUCAAAAUCGGGUCUACCGCGCCUAGUUUGCCGCUUGAACAAUUUGAAUGCAUUGUAGACGCGCGGAAAAAGCAAGCAUUUGACGUGCAUCAGAGGCAAAAUCCGCUUCUUGUGGGAGGGGCAAGUGCUAUGCGUUGUCUGUUUGUAGAAUGGCUGAUUUGAUUUUGCAUUCGAGAGAGUUACCGGUUUGUUUAGUCACCUUACUAUAGGGGGAAAAUAAACGCCGCAGGUCAAUAAACGUCACGUGACUCAAAAGUGAAAUGUGUAUUUACAACUUACCAGGUCCCUGAUUGGUUAACGCUGCGCGAAGUUCAAAUUUUUCAACUCGGGCGUCAGCCGCAAAUUCGCGGCAAACGCAAAAUGCACAAAAAGCAACAUUCGCGCGAACUGCAUGUACCGCGCCAAAUGCCUCAUCCGCGCCGCGAGACCUCCAGACGCGUCAACACAUCUUCACAUUCACUUAACAUUGAAAUUACUCGCGCUUGAUGCCUCUACCGCGGCUGGUGUAAACGCAGCAUUAGGAUUUGGCCAAAAAAGCUCACUAGGUUUUGAAGCAAGAGCAUAAAUCUUUUACUAGAAGCCUGACCAUUAAGACCUUUCACUGUAAAAAAAACAAUUUGUUGGUUCAACUUAAAAAAUAAGUUGAAUUACCUCAAAAUUUGAAGGCAACCAUGUAACUUACUUUUUUUAAAGGCGGGGUGCAUGAUCUCUGAAAGCCAAUGUUGAUAUUUCAAAUCACCUAAACAGACACGCCCCUACCCCACCAAUAGAAUCUGGAGCUUCUUUUGAUAGACCCACCUCACACAUACGCAACCCAAUCAACAAUGUCGGUUAGUAGACAUGCCCCUUACUGCUGAUUGGCUACAAGUGUGUUUUGGUACUCGGUCCGACUCCCUUUUCCAAAGUUUUUCAAAAAUCAUGCACCCCGCCUUUAAGUUGAACCUAUUUUUUUCACAGCUGGUUUAAUUUCUGAACAUAUCAGAGGUUAGGUUUUCUCAGUAUAUCUCCUCACUGUGCCAAUGUAUUUAAUUUCAUUCAGGCCUAUGAUGGCGAAUCACCAGAGACUGACCGACUUAACAGAUGCCUUUUACAAACAUGACAGUUCAGUCAAAUGUCUUAUGACUUUGUUUUUUUGCCAACACGCAUAGAUGCGCAUAAAAACUCCUGCAUGAGCGAGCAGAAGAUCUCGAAUAUCCUGCCAUAAUCAUUUUGUUACUGUGUUUAUCUAAUGCACUGUGAAAACAACUGCGCGGGUAACCGGAGAGAUGUUACUGGACCUGUUUGCACUUUUUGAAUACUAGAUAUGGGCACAAUUUUCAAAUGCAUAGGAAUAAUGUACGUUUAGGUACUGUUACUCAGCCACCCCUCAUUUGUUGGUACGGGAUGGCGUUUUUAGGGCAGCUUACUGUAGGAUCCUGUAUUUGUUACAGGUCUACCACUUUUGUUAUGUUUACAUAAUUGAGACGAGCGAGGCCACUGGAUUCCCAGUUUAUUUCAUUUCAUUUGUAUUUACACUACUUCAUACUAAAUGGGUGAAUCUCAUUAAAGGUGCAGUGUGUACAUUUUAUGAGGAUCUAUUGACAGAAAUGUGAUGUAAUAUACAUAACUACGUUUUCAGUGGUAUAUAAAGACCUUGCAUAAUGAAUCAUUAGAUUUUGUUACCUUAGAAUGAGCCUUUCUAUCUACAUACACCGCAGGUCCCCUUACGUGGAAGUCACCAUUUUGUGUCACCAUGUUUAUGCAGAAGCCCUAAAUGGACAAACUGCUAUACAGAUCACAUUUCGUCACUACGUUAAAGGAACACUCCACAUUUUUACAGUUUUGGAAUCCAUUCAGCUGAUCUCCGGGUCUGGCGGUAUCACUUUUAGCGUAGCUUAGCAUAAUCCAUUGAAUCUGAUUAGACCAUUAGCAUCGCGCUAAAAAAUAACCAAAGAGUUUCUAUAUUUUUCCUAUUUAAAACUUGACUCUUCUGUAGUUAUAUCGUGUACUCAGACCAACGGAAAAUUAAAAGUUGCGAUAUUCUAGGCCAACAUGGCUAGGAACUAUACUUUCAUUCUGGUGUAAUAAUCAAGAACUUUGCUGCUGUAACAUGGCUGCAGCAGGCGUAGUGAUAUUACGCACUGGCCGAAAAUAGUCCCCUUGGUUACUUUCAAUAGCAGGGGACUAUUUUCAGGCCCUGCGUAAUAUCAUUGCGCCUCCUGCAGCCAGACCAGGAGAUCAGCUGAAUGGAUUCCAAAAUGGUAAAAAAUCAAAUGUUUAACUCUAGGGGAGCUGGAAAUGAGCAUAUUUUCAAAAAAGUGUCCCUUUAACUCUCUGAUGUCUCAGACAAUGACAUUUUUGUCCUGUGUCGGCCACUGUAGCUUCUCUAUGUGUUUCUAAAGGUAGGGGUGAGCAGUGGACUGAGCCACUGGUUGCAAUUCACAAGCUCACCCCUAGAUGGCACUAAAUUUACACAUUGCACCUUUAAGACUUUUCUGUCCUUUAAGCUUCAAAUUAAAGAGAAAGAAUCAUUAAAUGUUUGCAUUGUGAUAUACAUAUGUACUUUAAUCGGCAUAAAUAAAAUCCCAUAUAUACUACAGUACUACAUUGCAUAAAUGUACAGCGGAAACUCACAUUUAUAUUAUUUGCAUUACAGUAAGAAAAUUACACAAUGAAAAAAGUGUAUAUAUAAUUAUUAUUAUUAUUAUUACCUAUUCUGAGUUUAAAACAAUCCCAGACAUGUUUUUGAUGAUAUUUGUGAGACUCACCCAAAAUAACAUGGUUCAGGGAACUUUUGAAGGAAUGUUAUGAACGUUACUGUGUCCCAUCGGAGACCGGCAGGUUUAAACUGGUGCCUCUUAUGCAAUUCCCUGUUCAGCUAUUUAUUAAUAGAUUUCUCUAAGGGAUCUUUGACAUCUUGAGCACAUUGUAAUUUUAUUGGAGAAAUUGAAAAUGAUAUCCUUGCUUUCACUGUCCUAUUUACAGAAUCCAUGCGGAUGCUUAGUCUUGCUCAUUGUUUUAAAGUGGGUGCUUUUUCAUUGAUUAUAGUUUUUUCUUUGAUGUCUGAUGGGCAGUAUUUUAUUAUUAUCUCCAUUUUGAAUUGUCUUAAUAUUGUUUUUUUUUUUUUUUUUUUUAAAAAUCAACACUAAGGGAGCUUACAGACCAAGGUUACAUAUUGUAGGAAGGUCAUUCCUAUAAAGAGGUUUUGUCUCCAUCUGCUGGAGAGUAAGCAUAUAUGCAUAUUUUUUAUUUUUUUAAGUAUGGUGUAGUUUUAUUUCAGUUGGAAGCAAGGUUUUCCUCAACCUAAUGAGAGUUAAGCAGGUCUUUAUAUAUUUUGGAUGCAUGUUCUCAUAAUAAUGAACUAUAAAUCCUUAAAAUGAUUAACUGGAAUUAGGUUUGUAGUUCAAUGUAGAUGGGAAUGUAUCUUAGUGGUCUUAUGAAGCCGGUAUAAAGGCCUACAACAAAUCUUGUGUGCCUAUCUGAGGGGUUUUGCUUUAUCAAACAGUCUUUCAGAUUAGUUUUAUAGAUUAUUGCUUUAGUUUUAGACAUUUUAAAUCAUUUCUUUUCUAGCAUUAAGGGAGAAACCUCAUACAAGAUGAACAUACAUAUUUGUUUUUUUCCUCACAGAUUUUAAGCACAUUAUCAAUACAGAUAUUGCAGAUAAUCCUACACUUUACCCUUUAAGGUGAGGUGAGGGUCGUCUUAUAUACCUCAGACGUCAUUGUUCAGUCCUGUGUCUGUUGACUUAAAGGGUUUUUUUAUUGUGUCAUUCGAGUAUUGGAUAGUGGUUUGAAUACAGAGAUCUUAUAAUGGUUGCGGUACUGAUGGUUUUGAUGCGUCUACUGGUUUUUCUUGACUCACAGUGCAAAAUUUGCACUGACAACUUGGAUUACUGUGGCUCCUGUGUGUAUAUAUUUAUGGUUUCUGAUGUCAGCAAAAAUAAGAUGUAAAUGCUUAUUUUAUUAUUUAUGUAUUUUACAAUUAAAAAAAGGCAAACUAUGAAAAAUAUACUGAUUUAAAAGUG